GGAAGCUGGUUUGUGGUUGUGGCUGUCAUACGAUGCCUUGAUGGCUCUAUACCGGCUGUCCCUCAUGGAUGUGAAGAAUCAGCUUCAUUGUCGACCGUUGGGAUAGUUCAGGGUGGCCAGCGUGACGAGCAGGGAGUUAUUAGCCAAGACGAAAGUCAACUUAAUAUAAACGCUUCUGAAGCUUCAGAGAACUAG